AUCUUAUCGCUGCCUCUCAUCUCUCACACAUCAUCUGAAAACACUCUUCCACGCCUGUCGCUAGCUUUUCGCAAAGAUUAAGAACAAUUACUACCUUGCCCCUUUUUUGCUUACUUCAGCAACCCUAUCUCCCCCUUACUACCACUGCCCCAAUCACCAUGUCGAACGUCACAAUCCAACCGGGUGCCACCAUCUUCGUGACAGGCGUGAACGGCCUCAUCGGGAGCUACAUCGUCGACGUGCUCCUCAAGAAAGGCUACAACGUCCGCGGCGCCGUGCGCGACGUCAAGAGAAGCAGCUGGCUUCUCGACCACUUCAAUGGCAAGCAGGAUACGAAGCUAGACCUAGUGAGCGUGCCCGACAUGACAAUUGAAGGCUGCUACGACGAUUUUGUCAAGGGCACAUCGGGCAUCAUCCACGUCGCGUCCCCCCUCAGCGGAUCUAACCCAGAAUCCACAAUCCCCGUCGGCAUCUCCGCCGCGCUGAACGCCCUCUCCGCCGCUGCCAAAACGCCCUCCAUCACCCGUGUAGUCUACACCUCUUCCUCCAUCGCGUCAACCAUGCCCUGCUACUCCGCCGAAAAGACCCUCGAUCAGUCCUCUUGGAAUGAAGAGGGGAUUCAAAAAGGCUGGCACCACCCUGCGGACGAGCCGGAGUCGCUGAAAGGCUUGUACAUAUACGCCGCGCUGAAAGCGUCCAGCGAGAAAGCUUGCUGGAAGUUCAUGGACGACGAGAAGCCCGCAUUUGUGCUGAAUACCGUCUUGCCCAACUGCAACUUCAGCCGCGUGCUGGUCCCGGAGAAACAGGGUGCGCCCAGUACCAUCGAGUGGGCGAGGUACGCGUGGACGGGUGAGAACUUCGAGGCGGUGAGCAAGAUUAUUACGCCCCAAUUCUACAUCUCCACGCAAGACUGCGCACUCCUGCACGUCGCAGCCCUGCUCAACCCCUCGAUUGCAUCUGAGCGCAUCUUCGGCUUCGCGGAGCGCUGGGACUUCAACAAGUUGCUCGCUGUGUACCGUGCGCGGUAUCCUGAGCGGAUGUUCCCGAAAGACCUCGAGGGGCUGGUGGACGACAAGUCCGUGCCGCCGUCUGCACGCGCAGAGGAGAUUCUGAAGGGGGUUAAGGAGGGUGGGGAGGGCUGGGAUAAGCUGGAAGAUAAAGCGGAGGAGAUGGCGGUGCAGUUUGCGAGCGGGGAGCUGUGA